UAUUUUUACAAUUCAUGAGGAACAGAGCUAACGCGACUCGACAAAGAGCGAGGAAGUGAGGCCCUUCGGCUGGCUAGGAUAUCGCUCCAGGCCAUCUUCAAGCAUCCGGCACUAUAAUUCUUUCAGUCGGAAUGGCAGGUACUUGAUCGAAGAUGAUGAAGCGAGAUGAUCUGCGAUUCACAAAGAAGUGUUUAGAGAAAGCAAUGAUUUGCCAAAACACAGACCACGAAAACAUUCCCAACUUAUCCGGUCCUUGGUGUAUAUGGAAAACAAAGCUGGGGUUGACUGGUGAAAACAUAUAUCUCUUGUACAAUUACAAAUGUAAUAGCGUAUUUCACACACGAUAUCCCGGGGACAAGUGCGCCCUUAAAAUGAAGCUAGCAUACUCUGCAACACAGUUAAUUCAUUUGGAUUCUUUACCAGCAUAUAGGAUUUCGGACAGAGGAAAUUUUCAUUGCAAUGCUGCGACUAGCACAAGUGAUGUUCCAUCGUAUGAGAAAAUCAACUUUCUAAAACUGCAGAAUGGGAGUGAUAUUAGAGGUGUGGCAGUUGAGGGUGUCGAGGGGGAACCCAUCAGUCUUACUGAGCCUGUUUCAGAAGCAAUUGGCGCUGCUUUCGCUGCGUGGCUGUUAGAAAAAAAGAAACCAGCUGCUUCAAAGCGCCUUAGGGUUUCAAUCGGUCAUGAUUCACGAAUUUCAGCACAAACAUUGCAGGAUGCCAUUUCUCUUGGACUUGCGGGUGCUGGACUAGAUGUUGUUCAUUAUGGAUUGGCUUCUACUCCAGCGAUGUUCAACAGCACUAUUUCAGAAAAUGAAGAAUUUUUAUGCCCGGUUGAUGGUUCCAUAAUGAUAACAGCCAGCCACCUUCCUUACAAUCGAAAUGGGUUCAAAUUUUUUACACAUACCGGUGGAUUGGGUAAAGCUGACAUCAAAGAAAUCUUGGAGCUGGCUGGAGUUAUAUAUGAGAAAUUCUCACCUAGAAGUUUGAAGGAAUCCGUACAGGAUAGAUCUCUAUCUUAUAAAAAGAUUGGAUACAUGACAGUCUAUACUUCUGAUCUUGUAAAGGCGGUCCGCAAAGCUGCUGGAAAUAUAGAGAAGCCAUUAGAGGAAUUCCACAUAGUUGUUGAUGCGGGUAAUGGUGCUGGUGGAUUCUUCGCGGAUAGGGUACUACAACCUCUGGGUGCAAUUACAUCCGGCAGUCAGUUCUUGGAUCCUAAUGGUUUCUUUCCCAAUCACAUUCCAAACCCUGAAGACAAAGCAGCUAUGAAAGCAAUAAUUCAAGCAGUCCUUGAUAAUCAAGCUGAUUUGGGCAUCAUCUUUGAUACCGACGUGGACAGGUCAGCUGCUGUGGAUUCUACUGGUUCUGAGUUUAAUCGCAAUAGAUUGAUUGCUUUGAUGUCUGCUAUUGUACUUGAGGAACAUCCUGGAACGACUAUUGUUACAGACAGUGUGACUUCAGACGGCUUGACAACUUUUAUCGAAAAGAAACUUGGAGGAAAGCAUCACCGAUUCAAGAGAGGAUACAAAAAUGUCAUUGAUGAAGCUAUUCGUUUGAAUUCGAUUGGUCAAGAAACACAUUUGGCUAUUGAGACCAGUGGUCAUGGAGCUUUAAAGGAAAAUCAUUGGCUUGAUGACGGAGCAUAUCUUAUGGUUAAAAUCUUAAACAAAUUUGCUUCUGCCAGAGCUUCAGCUUCUAGUAGUGGUAGGAAAGUUUUGACCGAUUUAAUUCAGGGCCUUGAUGAAGCUGCUGUAGCAGUAGAAGUGAGACUUAAGAUAGACCAAAAGCAUGCAGAUCUUAAAGGAGGAUCUUUCCUGGAGUAUGGGGAGGCUGUUUUGAAAUAUGUGGAGAAUAAACUCAGCUCUGAUCCUAAAUUGGUGAAAGCACCAAUCAACUAUGAAGGCGUUAGAGUUUCAGGUUAUGGUGGAUGGUUUCUUCUAAGACUUUCACUCCAUGACCCUGUUCUUCCACUCAAUAUUGAGGCACCAAGCCAUGAGGAUGCUGUGAAAUUGGGGCUAUCUGUUCUUGCUGUUACGAAGGAUUUUCCUGCGCUGGACUCCACAGCACUAACUAAAUUUGUGCACACAGCUUAAAAACUCUUCUCGCUGCAAUAAUGCUUUAAAGAAACCUUCAUUCAGCCUUAUUUACAAGCAUACCAGUAUUCAUAUGUAAUUACAUAUCCAACCCACCCCUGGACUUCAAUUUCUUACAUGUCUAGCAUAAAACGGCGUAUUUUACGUUUCAGAAUUUAAAAUAGUGGUAUUAUUGUUGUGAUAGGAAAUAUUUGGGUGGCAAAUAUAAAAGAUAAAAGCUUGGCUGCUAGAUCUGUAAAUACACAAGAAUUGACUGGUAUGUAUGUUGGUGCCCCUUUUAUUAUUAAAGCAGCAGCAGUAAUUUUUUAAGGAUAGAAAUGCAUCUUGUAUCUUUAUCUUCUGGC